CACUCGGCUGCCUUCGUUCGGCCGAUGUUGCAGAGCCCGGCCCUCCCCUCCGGCUCGGAACUUAAACGGACACACACCGCGUCUGCCUGCGCCAGGAAUGGAUAACGGCUGCCUUCAAACAUGGCACUGCGACAUUAUACUCUCGACUUCAACCUCUCGACUGCAGUUGACUCUGCAUCAACAGUCCCAGGCCUCCUGUCCAUAUUCCACGAGCAGGAAAUGACAGAGACCGUACAUGAGACAGACGGACGCGGAUACCUAGCCACCUUUGUCGGAAAGAAUGGCAGGCUUGUUAUUCUGCGGGUGCACGCCCAUGGAUUGCUCACUAUUGACCUGCAGUGUUAUGAAGGCGAUAACAUUGCUCAACUAGACAAUCUUUUAAAUACACUGGAGAAGAAACUCAAGGUUCUCUUGAAUGGCAAGAUAACACGAAUUAAAAGGCUCCCGCCUCUCAUCCGAGGAGCCAAAGUGGACCGGUACUGGCCCACCACCGACGGGAGGCUGGUCGAGUACGACAUAGAUCGCGUGUUGUACGACGAAGACUCGGAAUACCAGAAUAUUAAAAUAUUGCACUCACAGCAGUUUGGCAACAUGCUUGUCCUCAACGAAGAUGUCAACCUGGCGGAGAGCGACUUGCCCUACACCGAAGCCAUCAUGGGGAGCGGAAAUGAGGACUACGCCGGCAAGGAGGUGCUGAUUUUAGGAGGAGGUGAUGGAGGGAUCCUGGCUCAGGCUGUCAAACAGAAGCCAAAGAUGAUCACCAUGGUGGAGAUUGAUCGGAAGGUGAUUGACGGGUGCAAAAAGUACAUGAGGAAGACGUGUGGCAAUGUGCUGGAUAACUUGAAGGGGGACUGUUACCAAAUUCUCGUGGAGGACUGUGUGCCUGUGCUCAAGAAGUACGUCCGAGAGGGGAGAACGUUCGACUACAUCAUUAACGAUCUCACCGCGAUUCCGAUAUCCACGCAGCCAGAAGAAGACUCAACAUGGGAGUUCCUUCGUCUCAUUUUGGAUCUGUCCAUCAAAAUCCUGCACCACAAGGGGAAAUAUUUUACCCAGGGCAACAGUGCAAAUCUGACAGAGGCUUUGAGUCAGUAUGAGGAGCAGCUGGGAAGACUCUCCUGUCCUGUGGACUUUUCCAAAAAAGUGGUUUGCGUGCCCUCUUACAUGGAACUUUGGGUUUUCUACACCGUGUGGAAGAAGUGACCCCGCCCCCCUCCAGCUGCUGGACCGUCAACAGGCUUUUGUCUCUGCUGUAUUGCUUGCUGGAUAGUAUUCAGAGUGAGCAUGAACACUCUUAGUGUCAGAGAUGGACUAUUACGCAACACCCACAAUGAAAAGUCAUCUUCAACACACGUGGUGAUUGUGGUCAGUCACUUUGGGCCCAAACACUCCAGUGGUCUGCUGACUCUGAACACAUCUUGGGGCUUAGUGGUUUUUUUUUUUUGGUUAGGGUUUUAUUUUGCUAUGAGGUUGUGGGUUAAUAAUACGAGGUUAUGGGUUAAUAAUGAGUAUAUUGCACUCUUCUAAAGGAUCUUUAGAGAUUUGAACUGUCAGCCGAUACACUGAUGUUACUGAUAGAGAACAAUUGCUCUCGUUUGUUGUCGUGACCCCUUAAGAAGUGAAAAGAUCAGCUACUGAAUUGCUUUUAAGCUGUUUCUUGUUACAACGAUUGUCUUUUUUUUCUUCCCCAGGCUGAUUACAAUGUCCAAAAGGGGGGAAGGUCCAUCACUUCCAUCUUUGUGCUAUUUUAUGUUUAGUUAUUUUUUUCUUUUUCCUUCCUCAAUAUUGGUUACUUCUGGUAAAGUGUUUAGCACUGACAUGGGCCAGCCACAACAGUAAGACUAUUUAGACUUUAAAUUAAGUUUGCAAUGGUGUAAAACUGGACUGCACCAUAGUGGAAGAUGUUUUGAAUUAUUUGUAUCCAUCAUGUAACCAAACAACAUAAUCAGAAUAUCAGGUUUCAGUAUUCUGCUACAAAGAAACAAAUUGUAUUGGAUCUCAAUAGAUUAUGCAAGUGGCCAUAGUGUUGUGGCCAGUCAGUGUAUAUCUGAUAUGCGUAAAGCACGGUGAAUGUAGCUUGCGCAGCACGUUUACAAGCGACCCUGUGGGAUACGGUGGCAUGUGUUUAUUCCCUCGCUCCCAUAAAUAAGUUUUUUUCACAAUGUUUUUUUAUUUUGAUUUGUGACCUUUAGAAAUAAAGUGGUUUUGUUUGAUGGA